AUGAUUAAAAAUUUGUAUGGAGUAAUUAUUUGGGAUCCAUGCACACUUGAUGGUAGUAAACAACUAGAAAGAGUUCAACGUAAAUUUUUGAAGUUUGCUGCUUUUGCAUUACGUAUUGAAUGUCAACCCCAUGAGUAUCAACCUGUAUUACAGCGCCUCCAUUUGUCUACCCUAUGUGACAGGAGGAAACAGGCUAAUCUUACGUUCCUCACUAAACUAAUAAAUGGUGAAGUGGAUUCCCCUGCUCUCCUAUCUAAAUUAAAUUUCAGAGUUCCAAGUUUUUACUCCAGAUACUCCUUCCCUUUCCAAAUUCCUGUUAGCCGCUGUAACUAUUUAGUAAAUCGUCCUAUAGCUCGUAUGACGAAAUUAGCGAAUGAGGACCCACUAUUCCUGAAUGUUUGGCAAUAA